UCGAAUUUACAAAUUUGAUUAUCUAUCCCACGCGUCUCAUGAAUAGUACACGAUGCACACAGUAUUUUAUUAUUUGCAAAUAUGUAUUGCGUUUCAAAUGAUCGAUUCGUUUUGAAUUGAUAAUUCAAUACUCAGCGCCAGGCGACAUUUCCUUCGCAGGCAUCGCAUUUAAUGGGUUCGUUUGCUUAUCUACAUGCGUUUGUGUACAUACUGGCUGAUGUUCGGACUCACGUUUCACUUCACUUCACACUCACGCCACAGUAUUCAUCAUCAGUAUUCAUCGUAUUUCAUCGUAUUCAUCUUGGUAGGGUUCAUACAGUUCAUAGCGGAAUUUGGCGGAGUUGUAAUAACUCGAAAUGAAUACAAAUAGAUCUGUAGCAAUUAGAAACUACGAGCAAUAGGAUGUGACGUUUAUCUUCAUUUUUUAACGAUAUUCAUUGAUAAUUAUUCUCGGGAAAAGUUUAGUGCUCUUUGUAUGUACGAAGCUCGCGUCAGUUUGUAAAAACACACGAACUUGUUAUAAAGAUUUAUGAAUUGUUGACUGUGAACGAUUCGCGUGUAUUGCAAAUGAUUAUUUGCCUACAUCGUGUAAAAUAAUAAUAUAACUGGUGAGAGAGAGAGAAAUGGCAGCACCAUUGUCAGCAUACUGGGUGAAAUUCUUUAAGGGAGCAGGAUUUCCACUGGAUGUGGCUACGAAACAUGCAGUUGUAUUCUCCAAUAAUCGCAUUAAACCAGAUAUGUUACCCGACUUAGACAAACCUAGUCUCAAGGAUAUGGGAAUCACUUUAAUGGGAGAUAUGAUUGCUAUUUUGAGAUAUGCAAAAAAAGUAGUGGAAGAUACGACCUGUGAAAGAUUUUUAGUCGAUUCAGAAGAUAACGAUGGGCCACCUAAAACCAUAGUGAAAAAAGUAACAGUUAAGGGCCCGACUAAAACAGUUGUUCCUAAACUUAAAUCUGAUGCAGUAACUACGAAGAAAGUCAUCAAGAUCCCAACCAGUUCAGUCAAGAAGCCUGUUGUUGCUAAGAAAACAGUAUCAUCAUCGUCAUCGUCAUCAUCUAGUAAUAUAUUUAUAGACCUUGCCAAUCAAAAGAAACAAACUAUCCAUAAAAGAAAGUUACAAGAAGAUGAAGAUGAUACAUUCGAUAAUAACAAUGAAGAUGAAUGGCAAAAAUCACCGAAAAAGAUGAAGGCAAUAGACAAAAAGGAUGAUAAAGUAGGAUAUACUGUGAUACUUCCAAAAGGUUCAACUUCUAGAAGCCAACAAAUUCUUAAAAAGAUCGUAGAGCAAAAACGAACUGUGUUUGAUAGACUUGGCGACAGUUCUGUUACAAGUACAACAAAUCCAAUUGAAGCAUCGCCGACAUUUAACGUUACUGGGCUGGGAAAAGAUGUUCUUAAGAGAUCUGUUUUUAAUCGAUUAGGGGAUAAAGAUGCCAAGAUGGAUAAUACUCAAACAGGAAUAUUAAAAAACGGAGUAAAUAGUACCGGGAUCCUGAAAACUAAAACACCUAGUACACGAACUUCCAUGCUUACGUCGAAUAAAGUGGUAGCCAAAAAUGUGGGUACAAUGAGAGCUGAUCAAGAAGUAAGUAGAAAAGUAAUGUCGACUAAUGCUCCGCAAUUAGUUAAAGCUACGAAAAGAAUUUCGUUUAACAAUCAUCCAUCAAGAAGUAGCAGGAUAAUUAAAUCUAAUGUCACAUCUGGAAAAUUAGCUUCAGAAAGAUUAACUUCGAUACCGGCGAAAGCCCGUCUAGGAGUUGUCAAACAAAAUGGUGUUAAGCAAGUAACUUUUAAUAAAGUUGCUAAAGUGGCAUACUCGAAGAGACCAGAUGUGUUUAGUCGUCUUGGAAUUUAAGUAAUCACUUAACUCUGUAUUAUAGUAUUUUUAUUGUCAUUUCAGUUCGCGAUCAAUAUUUUCUUUUAUAAAGUUAAGUAAUUUCCUACCACAUGAAUGUAAAAAUAUAAGGGUUGUUAUAUUUAUCAAGGAAGAAAUCAAAUGUGUAAGUUUUAUUGUUUACGUUUCGUUAUAUGUAAAUCGUAAUAUUUAUUUUGGUCUUUUACAACCUUGCAAUACCGUAAUGCUUUAUAUUUGAAAUGUGCAUUAUAUUUGUUAUUUGAAAAAUUGUACAAAAGUUCUAUAGGUCGCAUUUUGUAACAAAAUCUUUGGUACACAUUUAUUCAACAAUCUGAUUGUACAAAUAAAAAAGAACUAACAUUUAAUUAACGAAUAUGAGAAAAUAUGUUCUUUCAUACAUUUUAUACUAUUAACAAACAUUUUCUAUAUAAAAUCACAUUGAUUUAAAUGUAAGUUACAAAAUAUUGAGAUUAACUGAGUCGACGUUACAUUUCGCUUACACAAAUACCAAAUUCAUAGUUGCAUAUUGUUACAAAAACAAAGAAAAAAAAA